AUGCAUCCUAUUCAAACGAACCUCGUUACAACAUCCACUUCCAGUAUAUUAAUAUCACCAAGUUCAUCAUCAACACCUUCUCUAAAUACACCAGGUUCAAGUCCGUUACUUCGUCCAAUAUCAUCACCAAUGACCCCAAUUACACCAUUAGUAUUAAGUGGCCCUACAACUACCGGCAAUGGGACUCAUUAUGAAAAGGAUGAUUUCUUUGCCCGAGAGACUGGCUAUUUCUUUCAUAAUCAUCACGAUGAACUUUAUACUACUCAUCAUUAUUAUACUGAACAAUGUUAUAAUAAUGACUACAAUCCCAUUACUCAACCACAAGUAAAUAUAAAUGUAAAUAGUUUUUCUCCACUGUCUUCAGGUGUUACAACUCCAACAAAUACAAAUCCUUUUAGUGGUCCUAAUUUCUGCCACCAAGAAGUUGUAAAUCACAUGAAUUCAAAUGUGAUGAUGUCAUCUUACGAUGAUCAUCAUGCGCCAUCAGAUCCUAAUUCUACGUUGGAGGAUGUGUAUUAUUAUAAUCAUCAAGAUGCAAAAAUACAAAAUCAGGAUGAUGUUCAAUUUCACGAAGUGGUUACCGGUUUAAGUAAAAUGGAUAUUAUGGAUUCUCAUUAA